AUGCUCUCCCCCAUACCAUAUCUUGCUUCUGCUUCUUUAGAUGAAGGCAAUGCUCUUCUUAAGUGGAAAGAAAGUCUUCAAAUCCCACACAACUCCUUGCUCUCUUCAUGGCUUCCCCUCCCUAUGAACUCCAGUGCAUCAGUUCCAUGUACCUCUUGGUAUGGAGUAGUUUGCAAUGCUGAUUGGAGUGUUCACAGGUUGAACCUCACGAGAUCUGGAUUAAAGGGUACGCUUCAUCAAUUUUCAUUCUCUUUACUACAUAAUCUUACGCAUUUAGAUCUCAGUGUAAAUAACUUCUUUGGCCCCAUUCCUCCAGAAAUCCGAUUCCUGUCCAAACUUGUUUUUCUUAAUAUUUCAUUCAAUAUGUUUUCUGGAGUAAUCCCACGUGAAAUAGGAAACCUCCACCAGCUAACCGACCUGGACUUUGACAAAAACAAUCUAACUGGUUCAGUUCCGCAAGAAAUAGGAAACCUGGUGUCACUUAAAUUCCUAAGCAUCUCUGUAAACAAUCUAUCUGGAUUAAUUCCUUCAACAUUGGGUAAUUUGACAUCUUUGAAUACCCUUUUUUUGUUCUACAAUCAACUCUAUGGUCACAUUCCAAGUGAGCUUGGGAAUUUAAAGUCUCUCACUGAGCUUGCGUUGAGCCUAAAUCAACUGAGUGGUUCUAUUCCUUCAUCACUAGCAAACCUCAGCAAUCUACAACGUCUGUUCCUCGGUGCUAAUACUUUUUCAGGUUCAAUUCCACAAGGACUUGGAAGGCUAGACUUGAUUAAGCUAGAAUUGGAUGACAAUCAAUUGUCUGGCAAUUUGCCUGAUGAUCUGUGCCAUGGGGGGAUGCUUCAAAAAUUGACAGUAUCAGGUAAUCAACUUACUGGUCCUAUUCCAAGAGGCUUAUUGAAUUGUACUAGCUUAAUAAGAGUUCGUUUUGAUCAUAAUCAACUCAGUGGAAAUAUAUCGAAUGGUUUUGGGGUCUAUCCAAGCUUAGCUUACCUUGAUAUCAGUCACAAUCAUUUUCAUGGGGAGCUUUCUAAAAACUGGAGUAAAUGCAAGAAUUUGACAGUCUUAAAUAUGGGAUACAACAGCAUCAGUGGUUACAUACCUCUAGAGUUUGGAAGUGCAACUCAACUACGAAAGCUUAAUCUUUCUUCAAAUCAUUUAAUCGGUGAGAUCCCACAGGAGAUGGGGAAGAUGACAAGUAUGUUGUAUUUGUCUUUGGCUGAUAACCAACUUUCAGGUAUUAUACCUCCGGAGCUUGGAUCACUGCAUGAUCUCCUUGCUAUCGAUUUGUCCUCAAAUAGAUUAAAUGGCUCGAUACCAAGAAGUAUUGGUAAUUGGACUUAUAUCUACAACUUGAAUCUUAGUAACAACAUGCUCAGUGAAAAAAUUCCAUCUGAGAUUGGUAAAUUAGUUCAGCUUACGGAACUAGAUUUAUCUCAGAAUUUGUUCAAGGAAGAGAUACCAUCUGAAGUUCAAAGUUUGCAAAGUUUGCAAAAAUUGAAUCUUUCUCACAAUAGAUUAUCUGGUUCUAUUCCUGAUGCAAUUAAAAGUUUGCCUCGUGGGACUGAUAUUGACUUAUCUUACAAUGAGCUCUCAGGUCCAGUUCCAACUAACACUAACUUUUUGAAUGUGUCUAUAGAAGGCAAUCCACAUUUGUGUGGAAAUUUUACAGGACUAAAAUUUUGUGCAAGUCAAAUCUCGAAGAAGAAAAAUGAUCCCUUUCAUCAUCAACUCAUCCUUGUAAUUAUGCUCCCUCUUAUCGGGGCAAUUUUACUUGUUUUUUUCAUGUGUGGCCUCAUUGCUUAUCGAAAACGAAAGAGUCAUUCUUCCCAGAAACCAUUGGAUGAAAAAGGUCGUGAUUAUUUCUUCAUAACAAGUUUUGAUGGAGGAGUAGCACAUGAUGACAUCUUGAAAGCAACAAAUAAUUUUGAUGAAGCAUACUCCAUUGGGACCGGAGGAUAUGGAACUGUGUACAAAGCCGAGAUAUAA